AUGUCUAAGAUAGACAAAUUCUUUGAACGUAAAUCUACGAAAUGGAACAUUAUAGAUUUUCUGAACGAGUGCGAUAUAGAAACACUUGAAGGCAAGAUCGAUCAUUACCUCAAAUCAUUGAGAGCUAUUGUUGAACGUGAGGGAGGUGCCAAUCAAGACAAAGCAAGGUAUCUCCUUGAUAGAUAUAAUAAAGAUAAUCGACCUGGUCCUGAUUACAAAGAAGCAAGAAAUUGGGAGAAUAAGCGUACGUCGGCCAAAGCAGGAUCUUCGUUUCAUUUUCACAACUCAACAAUUGCCGGAAAUUCUUUGGGGUGCGACUCUGGGGUAAUCAAUAAUGUUAAAUUUCCAAGGAAAAGAAGCCGGAAAAGAGAUCAGGAAGAAGGCGAUCACAAAGUACAGGAAAAAACGAAACGAACAAUGGAAGAUUUUUUCCCUCGUGAUGUCACACAACCUCAUCUUCAACACGAACAGACUCAACAGGCACAUACUCCCGAACGACAUAUUGCUUCGGAAGAUGAAGAGAAAAAAGAGAACGAAGAGGAUGAUGGAUUCGAUGCAGAUUUAACUAUUGUCGGUGGAAAAAGCACCGAUUGGAUUAUUAGUGGAAUUAAUAUCAGAGAAAAGCUAACAAAUUAUCAACUUGAAAUGCGUAAGGAAAUAAAGAUGGCAGAAGUAGACACAAAGAACCAAGAGAUUAAAUUAUUUAUAAAAAAUAUUAUUGAUCGCGAUAUUAAGAAGACUAAAGAAAAUCUUAAUCGUCGAGAUGCUGAAACAUUUGAAAAGAGAUUCGCGUUACAUUUUGUGAGCCAUAUGGUAAAAGUGAUGGAAGAUGUGAAUUUGUUCCAUGAUCCUAUGUCCGAGGGGACCUAUAUCAUAAAAGUUCUAGCACCCAUUCUUGACUACUUCUUUGACAAAAAGAAAAAGGAUUGGCUUGUUUCAUACGGAGAAACUUGCCUCAAGGCAUGUGCGAAAGAUGUUAAUUCCAGUAAAAAAGAUGACGAACGCCGAUCUUCAGGAAAAAAGAUUGAUACUAUUAUUUGUAUGAGAGAAGAAGAUAAAGAGUUCUCAGUAAUCGAAGUCAGUGGGCCCCCACUGAAAAAUGAUUGGACACACUUCAUGGGUGAUCGUAUGAAGAUCAUGAAGAUGAUGAAAACUUUAAUGAAUCAAUUCGCCAGACUCAAUCCAAGCUCCGAUAUCACAUUAGUCAGAUUAUUUGGGUUACAAGCUUAUUUAAAUGAGUUGACUAUAUACGAAUUCAAACUAAAAUAUACCGAGGUUUACACUACAGAAGCAAUACUGACAUUUCCUCUACCUAAAACAUGGGCAGAUAUGGCGAAUGCUGAUAAAGCUAUAAUGGGCUUGUUGAAGUAUGAGCACUUAUUAUCUGAAAGCUCAAAAACUAUACGAGAUUUUUUGUGGGCUGGUGGUGGUGUGAUUGAAGCUAUUAAGAUGACGACCGGAAUGAUUCACACUCCUGAAAGCAACAAGAAAGCUGAAAAUACUACAACUAUGGAACUUAUAUAG